GCGGCGGGAGGAGCGGCAGCGGCCAGGCAGCCCAGCUUCGCAAAGGCUCUCGGCGCGCCGCGGCUCGCAGGCACCUGGCACGCGCCCGCCUCGCCGCCACGAUGCCCAAGAGGAAGGUCAGCUCCGCCGAGGGCGCGGCGAAGGAGGAGCCCAAGAGGUCGGCCAGGUUGUCAGCUAAACCUGCUCCUGCAAAAGUGGAAACGAAGCCAAAAAAGGUGGCAGGAAAGGAUAAAUCUUCAGACAAGAAAGUGCAAACAAAAGGGAAAAGGGGAGCAAAGGGAAAGCAAGCCGAAGUGGCUGACCAGGAAGCUAAAGAAGAUUUACCCGCAGAAAACGGAGAAACUAAAACUGAGAGUCCAGCCUCUGAUGAAGCAGGAGAGAAAGAAGCCAAGUCUGAUUAAUAUCAUAUACCAUGUCUUAUCAGUGGUCCCUGUCUCCCUUCUUAUACAAUCCAGAGGAAUAUUUUUAUCAACUAUUUUUUAAAUGGCAAGUUUUUUAGUAGCUCUAGAAACAUUUUUAAGAAGGAGGGGAUCCCACCUCAUCCCAUUUUUUAAGUGUAAAUGCUUUUUUUUAAGAGGUGAAAUCAUUUGCUGGUUGUUUAUUUUUUGGUACAACCAGAACAAAGUGGGGUAUUGAAUAUGGGAGGCUUUGAUUGUUUUGGGUGUCAGCUUAACAUUCCAUAAUGGGGGUAGUUUUUAUAACCUGUAAUAUAAACAUAAACGAAAUGGCAAUUUGGAUUCAGUUGUGCAUUUAAUAUAUCUUGAACAUUUUAAAUUACUUCUACUCCUGUGUUGUCUCUAGUACAUUUCCUAAAGAAAACCACUCCUUGAUCUUGGCUCUCCUGUCAGAAUUGCGUGCACUCUGUAACAUCUUUGGUCUUGGUAGUCCAGUUUUCCUAGUAACUUUGUUAAUGUGCUGUGAAAGAUUAAAAAUCUGCAUAUGUAGUGUAUAUGAUAAGUUGUGAAUUAGUGAAACUGAUGUAACAGCAUAUCAAUAUUUGAAAAUACGGUACUUGAUAUCCUAUUAAGGAAAACUUGCCUCCAAAGUUUAAGCUGGAAAGUCACUGGAAUAACUGUUGAGAAAAAAAUCACAAUUACGUGAUUUUCUAGAUAUUUGGUACAUACGUUAAGAAUUGUGUACAAAUUGAAAUGUCUGUGUACUGACCCUCAAAUAAAACCUCAAUUCUAAAAGAA